CUUCCCUACAAAGCAAAAAUAAAUACAAAUAAAAUAAAAUGAAAAAUGAAAAAAAAUUCACGCACACCAAACCCUAAUUCCACAUCCGUAGAGAUCAGGAGGGACGCAUAGAAACAAAGAGAGAGAAAGAGAGAGAGAGAGAGAGUGAUAGAAAGGAAGAAAUGAAGAACCCGGUGGGUGCGUCGUCGUCGUCGUUGCCGUCGCGGGGGCGCGGCGGAGUGGGAGGGCGUGGGGCGACGCCGUGCUGCAGCAAGAUGGGGGUGAAGAGGGGCCCGUGGACGGCGGAGGAGGACGAGGUGCUAUCUAGCUAUGUGCGGCGGGAGGGGGAGGGGCGCUGGCGCACGCUGCCCAAGCGCGCCGGCCUCCUCCGCUGCGGCAAGAGCUGCCGCCUCCGCUGGAUGAAUUACCUGCGCCCCUCCAUCAAGCGCGGCCCCAUCGCCCCCGACGAGGAGGACCUCAUCCUCCGCCUCCACCGCCUCCUCGGUAACCGGUGGUCUUUGAUAGCUGGAAGGAUACCCGGACGUACAGAUAACGAGAUCAAGAACUACUGGAACACGCACCUCAGCAAGAAGCUCAUCAGCCAAGGCAUCGAUCCGCGGACGCACAAGCCCUUGGUGUCCAGCAACCAUCGUCCCAACCAUAGUAACAAUCCACUACCCUCUCUCACAAGCCAUGGUCUCCAUCCUCCACCUGCAACCCUUCCUUAUGACCUUAACCCUAACCCUAACCCUAAUAACCCCACCAAUAACCCCAACCCUGAACCAAACCCUAGUCCUGCUCCCGGUGAAGUCCUUCGCGAUCACGACCACGGCAAUUACUUGCUCCACGGGGUGAAUCUCGAACAAGAAGACGACGUCUUCUCAUCCUUCUUCGAUUCGCUGAUCAACGAUGACAUCUUCCUACAGCAGCACCAGCACCAGAAUAUUAUAGAAAGCAAUGGUGAUAACAAUGAGAAUAGUGAUAAGAGUAAUGAUCAGAUUGCGGCAAUGGAUUCGGGUUUUGUAUUUGGCUCCUUGUGGGAAGGCACCAUAUCAUCCCAAUUUGCGUGA